AUGGUGGAGGAGGCGGAAGAAUUGCGUUCUCUGCAGCAACCUGCACGGAUCACCACAUUCCAGGACGAUGGUAAAGCAGCGGGUUCCGGCAGGUCCUGCGGGUCCACCGGCAGGUGGUGGAACCAGCUGCUGAAGGGAUGUUCACCGAGAAGACGUCUACCGAUACUGGCCUGGAUACGGCGCUACGAUGGCGAGGACGCACUGUCCGAUCUGAUAGCGGGUAUUACGCUCGGACUCACGAUGAUACCGCAGAGUAUCGCUUACGCGACGAUUGCCGGUCUACCUUCACAGUACGGUCUGUACGCAGCGUUCAUGGGUUCGCUGGUGUACGUGUUCUGUGGCACUGUGCGCGAGGUAUCGAUCGGUCCAACCAGCCUGAUGUCGCUGCUAACACUCGAAUAUACCGCCGGUCGGCCGCACCAGUACGUGAUCGUGUUGGCGUUCGCCUCCGGGCUGGUGGAGUUGGCGAUGGGUGCCUUCCGGUUGGGGUUUCUAGUCUGCUUCAUCUCGGUACCGGUCACAUCCGCCUUCACCUCCGCCACCGCCCUCAUCAUCAUCGGUGCGCAGCUCGGCAACCUGCUAGGUCUGCCACGGCUCGCCGGCAGUGAUAGCGGUUUCUUCUCCACAGUGUGGAGCAUUCUGCAGCGACUGCGGCAGACAGCGUUCGGUGAUGCAGCACUCGGGUUCGGUUGCAUGGCGGUGCUGGUAGCUCUGCAGCAUCUUCCCCGGUUGGUCCCGGCGGCUCGCAGUAGACCUCUCCAUCGGUUGCUCUGGUAUGUGUCCCUCGCACGGAACGCUCUGGUUGUACUGUUUUCCACCCUGCUAGCGCACUAUCUCUCCACCGCUCGAGGUGGAGUUCCGUUUCGGUUGUCGGGAGCCGUGGAACCGGGAAUACCCACCUUCGAGUGGCCUGUACGGGGCGUCACCGUCAACAACACGACCAUUUCCUUCCUAGAGAUCACAACCGAGCUGGGUAGUGGACUGCUGCUAGUACCGCUCGUCGCCGUCCUUGCGAACGUUGCCAUCGCGAAAGCAUUUGCGACGGAUGGAGUCGUUGACGCCACGCAGGAGCUGAUUGCGCUCGGGCUGUGCAAUGUGAUUGGUUCGUGCUUCCGGGCCAUGCCGACCACCGGUGCCUUUACUCGGUCCGCCGUCAGCCAUGCGAGCGGUGUCCGGACACCCAUGUCCGGGCUGUACUCCGCCCUUCUUACCCUGCUGGCGCUCGGUGUGCUGACGCCCUACUUCUACUACAUCCCGCGGGCCACGCUUGCCGCCGUGCUGAUCACGGCCGUCGCCUCCAUGCUCGAUCUAGCCAUCGUUCGCCGCCUGCCCCGUCCGCCCGCCUCCCUUGCCGAUCUGUUCGCCUGGUCGGUGUGUUUUGCGGUUUGCCUAGUUCGAGGCGUCGAGGUGGGUCUGCUGUGCGGAAUGGCGGUCAGCCUGCUCGAACCACUCCGGCACUGGGUGUGGCCCCGAGCCGACUGCACCACGGUGCGGGGUCCCCCCCUCACCUACCGUCGCGUCCGUCCCAACCUCGGUCUCCUCUACCCGGGCGUCGACCGGUUGCGGUCGGUCGUACUGGCCGAGGCACGGCACUGCCCACCGCUACCGAUCGUGCUCGACUGCGAGCGGGUUGUCGCACUCGAUCACAGUGCGGUACGGUCCCUGCGAGAGCUAGCAGAUGAGGUAGAACGGCUCGGGGCCACACUGAUGCUACAAAACGUUCAACCCACGUGGCGUCAGGCGCUGCAGCUGCACGACACAGACCACGGGCUGGUGUUUCGCUCGCCGGAGGGAAAUGUACCGUCCGUUGCACAAGACCCUCAGGUGGAGCAGGUGGUUACACAAGCGCGAUAG